AUGGAAGAAGUGAAACUUAAGUGCCUACCAUCGGAUGACGAUGCAAAACAAUUAGGGAUCACACCACGCAUCAUUGGGUGGGUACGAUCUCCACUUAAAAGGCUCGAAGACUGCCCACACUGGCAGGACAGUGGACCAGAAGCAAUUAUUGAAAUCAAAUCCGAAUAUGCUCCUGCAUUAGUUGGCGUUACAGUGGGUCAAAAGAUUCUGCUUAUCACGUGGCUUCACAAAUCUGACCGUACAUUUCUUCAAGGAUGUAGGAACAAAGUACAUUGGAAACAACCACGUGGAGUUUUUAAUAGUCGCAGUCCGGCACGUCCAAAUCCAAUUGGACUUCACGAGGUGACUGUAUUGGACAUACAAACUAAGGAUUGUCAGCCAGAACUUCGAGUAAAUGCUUUGGAAGCUCUAGAUGGUACACCAGUUUUGGACAUAAAAAGAGCUGAUCGUUAG